UUGGAUCGGAGGAGGAGAGAAGGCGGCGGACGAGGAGACGCAGACACUCUUGCUCGACGACUCAUCCGGUAA